GGCUGACCGGAUAUAGAGAGAAAAAAAAAAGGAGGCUGUUGUUGUUGUUGUUGUCGCUAGCGAGGUAGCGAACUUGGAGGCUGCUGUUGUUGUUGCUAGCGUGGUAACGAACUUGGACGUUGCUGUUGUUGUUGUCGCUAUCUUGGUGGCGAAUUUGGAGCUGUUGGUUGCGGUUGGAGGUGUUGUGGCUGCUUGCGAGUCAGUGGGUUCGGCGGUGGAUUUUGGCGCAGGUUCCGGGUGCAAGUAAGAUGUGUGUGGGCAUCAAUGAGGUUCAUCGGACGUCGCGGAGUUCCUCAGAAACUAUACUGCGACAACGCAACGAACUUCGUGGGCGCCAACGCACGGCUUCGAGAUCUCGCCGAGCAACUCCAGGACGAUGACAAGCGGAGCGAAAUUGGCGCGUUCGCAGCCGAGCGAGGCAUGGAAUUCGCCUUCAUACCCCCACGCGCACCUCACUUCGGCGGGCUAUGGGAGGCAGCCGUCAAGAGCGCCAAACAUCUUCUUAUGCGCGUCGUCGGCGACAAUACCCUUACCUCCGAGGAGUUGGCCACCGUCUUGGUCUACGUGGAGGCAAUAAUGAAUUCCCGCACACUCGUAGGAGCAACAGACGACCCCAAUGACGCCGAGGCAAUAACCCCAGCCCAUCUCUUAAUAGGGGAUUCUCUUAUGGCCGUUCCCGAGCGCCACGUUUCAACCGAGAAGCUAUGCUAUUUAGAUCGUUGGCAGCGGCUCUCGUCCCUGAAGGCUCGGUUUUGGUCCGCCUUCCAGCGGGACCAUAUUUUCAAUCUCCAGGCGAGAACCAAAUGGGACAGGCCGCAACCCAACCUUGAAGUUGGCACCCUCGUGCUGGUGCGCGAAGACAAUUUGCCGCCCUAA